AGAAGGAAUGUGCGUAGAACGGCAUUCCCCCCGAAAACGGCAUCACAUGUUAGUUUACUCACGUCUACUUUCCUAUGUGGUUUUAGUUGUAAGAUUCAACGCAUCACACGACAUGCUAUGAUUUUUCGACGCCUCAUCAAAUUCGCUCUACGAUUUCCACAGCCAGUUGACAGCAAGCAAUAUUUUUAAGUCAAGGUUCGUCUCCAAUGUCCAUGGUGCCGAAGAGGGUCUCCAACACGCCGCUAGUGGUCGGCCUUUGAUGAGCUAUGGCGGCGACGUUUCAAAAGAAAUCGGGUGGCACAAAGGGAAAUGGUGGAGUGAGUGGUGCCAUUGUUCCACCCAGAAAGCAGGUGGAUAACUUCCCACUUAUGACUUACCUUUCUCAACACUGUUCAUUCGACGACGCUGAUGACGAUUCUUCCUUGGAAAAUGAGGAAGCUUUAAAGGUUGCCAAUGAUAAACGAGUGGAUGAAUUGUUGAGCAAGGCUACAUCGUGUGUGAAAAAUCAGAGUGAAGACGGAUCCUCUAGUGAAGAAGCUGCUCGAAGAAGUGCAUUGGAGCUGCUGCACUCAAUGGAGUUGGAACGUAAUAUGAAUGAGACCUGGAAAAUUUCGGAAUCCAAUCCCAAGAAAAAAGAUUACAGAAAUUUCCUGUAUCCAUUGAAACCUACCAAAGAAGAUGAUUAUUUCAGUGGGGUUCCUAAAGUUAAACAAGCAAGAGAGAGGAAACGCUGCCGCUCAGAUGAAGUGGUAUUGCUUGAUAAUGGCAAGCUUGUUCCUAAAAACAGUUCAUUGGAUUAUUAUAAUUCUAAAGAAGUACCUCAAAUCCCUUUAAAAUUUAGCAUGCCUGUGCGGAAACCUCAGAGAGUUCCAUCUGUUGGGUUACCUUUUACCCCAGGGCCUCCUGUCUCAACUGAAAAUAAUCGCUGGAUGCAAAAAAGUGGUAAUGAACUGUUUUCAAAUGUGCAAAGCCAAACACUUCUUGUCAAUGGCCUUGGAGAUGAUGAUUUGGCUCUUGCCAUAGCUGAGAGCAUACGUACUGCCAAAGAGGAGCAGCAAAGAAAUGUUAUGCUUGAAACCCUGUACCAAAGCCAAAAUGAGGCCGCAAAUGCUAAGCUGAUUUCUGCAUCCUCCAGGGGCAAUGCUUCUUGGGCGGUAAAGCCCACUCCCACUGAUAGAAACAGGUUCAUGAGUGUAGAUAGAAACAGGUCCAUGAGUGUAGAUAGUACAAACCAGAGUUGGGAUGAAGAAAUGACAAAUCUCAAUUCAAAGGACUCUACUCAUGAACUCAAUAAUAAUAGUAAUAAGGAUAAUUUCAAGAACUCUGAAAGGACUACAAAGCCCAAUGAAGAAUGCCUGAAUCAAAGACCUAGACAUCGGGAAGAACAGAAAACUUUCAAGUCACCACCACAUGAAGAAUGCUUAGAUCAAAGACCAAGACAUCGUGAAGAGCAGAAAACUUGCAAGUCGCCACCACCAAUGGUUGCUGACUUGAAAAUAUCUGUAUCUCAUGAAAAGAAAGUUAUCACUCUUCAGGCGCCAGAUGAGAAGAAGUACGGAUCCCCUAUGAAACAAUGUGAUAAAAAAGAAGAAAAAGAGGCAAAAAAUACAAUGAAUGAAGAACAAAUGUCUGAAAAUAGAGUAUUGGCCAGAGAGAGAGAGUCAAAACAAGAAAGAAAAAUUCCAAAGACAAGCAAUGUCCCUGAAACCUUCGACAGUCCCAUCACUUCUUCACGCUUACCAACAUCCAAGCCAACAGCUCUCAUGACAGCAAUGAAGAAUUUUACCCAACGACCAGCAAAUGGGGAAGGAACCACCCAUAAUUACGUUGGGCACAAAGCUAGGACAACUUCAACCAGCCCAGAGGUACCUCCCCUAUUGGUAGUCCCAAAGGGCCCAGGACCAGACAAGGAACUCAGCUCAAACCAACCAGCAAAUGAUGAAGAAGCCAGCCACAAUUAUCCUGUGGACAAUGAGAGUAAAGGAGCAAGCAGCACAGAGGUUGCUUCACUCCAGAAUCACUCCAAAAAGUCUGUUCAAGAAAAGGAGAAAGGAAAAUCACAGCAGCCAAUAGCUGUUGAAAGCCUGAAUUUGUCAUCAACAGCUCCUGAAAUUUUUGGCAAUGCAGCUCUCCCUCAACCUCAAACCCAUUCUCCACAGUCAGCCACUCUUUCAUCCUCCAUUUCAUUGGAGGAACUGCCAAUGGCUUCUGUGCAAGCACAAUAUCACCAAAUGCUCCUGAUGCAACAAGGAUUGGUAGGCACACCCCAGCUUCGUCAGAAUGGACAGAACUUUGGCGGUGGGAAUGUCCAAUCUUCCAAUGAAAAAAGGAAGCCUGAAAUGGGUCAGGCUGAUCAAACAGCUGCUUCAAUGAUUUUGAAUAACCCACCAAUCAAAACAAGUUCUCUUACUCCAACUGGACCUGGUCUCUCAGAUACUUCAUCUGCUGGCUUAUACGGACUAGUUGCUGGUUUGCAAAAUACUUCACCUGGAAGCCUCCCAGGUCUUCCUAACGCCCAGACACCAAGCAUGCCUGCCCAGACACCAAGCAUGCCUGCCCAGACACCAACCAUGCCUGAUGUACCAAAUUCUGUUUUUGGUGGAAUUCCUGGGCUGUCCAACUCAUUACUUGGUGUCAUGCCUCCAUUUUCCAAUGUUUUACCUGGGAGUGUUUCUGGGUUCCCCAAUGGUUUGACUGCACCUGGAUUGACCAAUCCUCCAUCUGGUAUGCCAGAUCUAAACAAUCUCCCAGGGUUGAUCAAUCCUUAUGCUGGCUUCAUGCCUGGACUGACCAAUCCCUACCCUGGCAUUUUGCCUGGACUCUCCAUGCCCUUCUCCGGUGGUAUGCCAGGACUGCCCAAUCUUUUGCCUGGUGCAGCUCCAUUAGCAGAUUCUCUUCAAGGUGUUGUGCCCAAUGUGCCAACACUUCCUGGUGGUAUACCUGACUCAUCUAGCUUCCCUGGAAUUCCUGCUGUCGCUCAACAUGCUGGAUAUCCCAAUGGUUAUCCAGGAGUAUCUGUGUCCAGUCUCAGCAAUUUAGCCCCCUCUGGCGUUUCUGGAUUUCAAAAUGUACUAGCUCAAGAAUAUCAAAUGAAUCCUCUGUCCAAUAUGCUAGGACUUCAAAGUAAUUUGCCAGGUGGUGCCCUGACACCAGUGUCUUCAUCAUUGUCAGGAAUUCAAAACUGUAACAGCUUUGGUGGAUUGGCUCAAGCCUACACUGCUCCCCAGCCAGGAAGUGCCCCUUUGAUGGGUGGCAGAGGCAGAGGACGCCUUGCUCCUGCCUCUCCCAAAUAGAUGAAGUGACACAACCCUCUGGUUAAGUUUAAAAUGUCACUUAAAUGUAUUUAUAACUGGUACCCUUUCUUUAAAAAAAAAAAAAAUGUUUUUGACAAUAAUGCAUUGUUAUUAGACCAAGAUGGAAGAGCUACCUAUCAAGUAUUCAUUAUUUUACUAUUAGGAUUGCUUAGUUGGACUCAGAUGAGUUGUUCCUCAUUUUCAUGUGUAUUUAGUUAAUAGUUAUGUUACGUUGUGUUAAUUUUUGCCUAGAUCUCCUGUGAAAGUGUGCCUCUUAGCUAGUAAGUCAAGCUGCAUAUUACUGAAAUUUCAAUCUUAUAAUCUGUCAGGAAUACGCAUGGAGUGCAAUUGUUAAGUCAAAUAAAUCAUAUAAUGGGCA